AUGUCAAGAUUUACCCUUGAUAUAUGUGUUAGAUGCCAACAGUUCACUCUAUGUUUCAUUACAGCUUCCAUCCUGUACACAGCAGUUGUACGUGGUAAAGUGGCUCUUCCAUGUGAUAUCUCCUCCCCCUCCACUGAUGACUCCGCUGCUCUGAUCCUCUGGUAUAAAGAUGACUCUGCUCAGCCUAUUUACACCUUGGACUCCCGCCGGGGUAACGUGGAUCAAGCCCAUCAGUCCUCUGGUCCUCAGCUGGAGAACCGAGCCUAUUUUAACAUGAUCAACAGACCAGCUUUCUUACAGCUGGAUCCAGUGAAGGAAGAGGACGCUGGAGAAUACAGGUGUCGAGUAGACUUCCAUAAGGCCAGGACUGUUAACACCGUCAUUACUUUGAAAGUUAUAGUUCCUCCCAGAGAACCACUUAUCGUGGAUGAAAACGGACAGCAACUAAAGGGUUUGGUUGGACCGUUCAACGAAGGACAGUCAUUGACGUUGACGUGCAGCGUCACUGGAGGAAAACCUCGUCCUUCUUUAACCUGGUGGCGAGAUUACACCCUUUUAGAUGACAACUAUACUUUCUGUUCGGAUGAGAUAGUAGAAAACAGGAUCUUCAUUCCAGAGCUUGAAAGAGAGGAUUUCCGGGUUGUUCUAACUUGUCAGGCAUCAAACAAUAACAUUACAAUUCCCGCCUCUACGACAGUCACCUUAAAACUCAACUUAAAACCAAGUUCAGUAGAAAUUACAUCCUCCCAGCGCCCCAUGUCUGCCAAUCGAGAAGUUAAAUUGACCUGUGUCGCCCGCGGUUCAAGGCCUCCUGCAACACUCACGUGGUGGAAAGGAUCAGAAAAGGUGGACACCUCUAAUGGCAGCGUUGUGACGGAAGGUGAAACAACUACAAGCACUUUUACGUUUUUGCCAACAGUUGAAGAUAAUGGGAAAUACUUAGCUUGUAGAGCAGAAAAUACAAAAAUUCCCGGAAGUGGCAUAGAGGACAGCUUCAACAUGGAAGUUCGUUAUUCGCCGAAAGUCUCAUUAAGAGUGACGUCAAACUCUAAGAACGGUCUACAGGAAGGAGAUGACGCUACAUUUGGGUGUGAUAUUAAGGCUAACCCAUGGGUGUAUAAGAUAAAGUGGUAUUUCAAUGGUGUCGAACUUUUCGGAAACUCGUCAUUAGGAGUUCUAAUCAGCAGCCAGUCGAUGGUUGUACAAAACGUCAAGAGGAGGUUCAGGGGUCUCUUUUCCUGUUCAGCUACAAACAGUGAAGGUCUGGGUACCAGUGACGAGAUCUUUCUGAAGGUUAAGUAUUCUCCAGUAUGCCAACCAGGCCAAAAGUUAAAUUAUGGAGCCAUACAUUUAGAAACUAUUCAAGUUCAAUGUAAGUUGGAUUCGGAUCCAAACGAUAUCACAUUUUACUGGCGAUUCAACAGUUCUACAAAAGUUACAGAUAAUAUCCCCCACUCGGUUUCUGGGAACAAGUAUGAAAGCACAGCAUCUUACACUAUAGAGACAGACGAAGACUAUGGAACUCUGUUGUGCUGGGGGGAAAACAAAAUAGGAAUUCAGAAAGAUCCCUGCAUCUUUAAAGUAAUGCAUGCAGAACCACCAGAUCCAGUAGAAAACUGCUCGGUGUUUAACCGUACAACACAACAGAUUCUCAUAAAGUGCCUUGAAGGAUUUGACGGAGGGUUGGAUCAAACAUUCCUGGUUGAAGUCUACAAGAAAGAAAGUAGAGCUCUCCAUUCUAAAGUUUCUUCACCUGUGCCAGUAUUUCCCCUGAAUAAUCUUACUCCAGGAUCGUUUUACACGCUCUUAGUUUAUGCGGUAAAUCGCAGAGGACGGAGCUCCGCUGUUACUCUUACUACGAGCACCAUAAGACUGGCUGAAAAAUUGACAGGCGAGAAAGCUGGAAUGUUUGUUUCCAGUUCAAUAUUAGCAGUAUUCAUUGGAGCGACAGUUGCCUUGAUCCUUUUGGUGUUGAUCUUGAUUGUCGUGGUGAAGAUAAGAAAGAAGAGGAUAUUGAAAGUUCAGCAAGAGAAUGAUCCAGCGAACAAACCAGAGGCAUCGCUCAAGAAAACCGUUAGUGACGUCACUGAAGGCCCGGAUAUAAUACCAGCAAAAAACAUGAGUAUGGACAUUUAUUUAGCAUGCUACGAUAAUGAUCCAGACCAGAAGUUUUUCCAGUUCCAUGCCACACCUUCUUCUACACGUAGCUAUUCUACAGAUGGAGAAUUAUUGGAUAUCACUCCUUCGUCAAGUAAAGGAACGAUUUACAUGCCAGAAAUGUCAUACAGGAGCCCCAUACAUAAGUCCGAUAUCAGAUCGGGAAAUCUGACCUCACCAUAUGCAAGUUUAUGUUUUUUUCGUUUGUUUACUUAG